CGCAUUUAAAUCUCCUUUAACAAUGGCGAUCGCUUCGCCAUCCGCUCCGAGAUUCUCGUCGUUCUGCUGCUGUAGGGUCGGGUCGCCCCGCGCAGCUGGUUCCGUAGGAACGGUAGGAUUAUUGUCGCCGAUCCACACUCGGUUCCCGGCUCGGAAGUUCACGUUGUAUUCAAGGCUCGACUCGUCUUCCAAUGGCCCCGACGGCGAACUCCGCUACGAGCUGCAGCACGGCGUACCGACGCACCCUCACCCUCACCGGCGGGGUUCGCCGGUGUUCGUGACCCUCCCGGUGGACGCCGUCAGCUCGCCCUCGGGGCAGAUGACGAGGAAGAAGAUCAUGGAGCAUUCGUUCAGGGCGCUGACGGCAGUGGGAGUGGAGGGAGUCGUGAUGGAGGUGUGGUGGGGGCUGGUGGAGAGGGAAUCGCCUAGGGUUUACAAUUGGCAGGGUUAUUUGGAGAUUGUGGCGUUGGCCAAGCGCAUUGGCUUGAAGGUUCGAGCUUUAAUGGCGUUUCAUCAGUGUGGCACAGGGCCCAAUGAUCCCUUCUGGGUUCCUCUUCCUGAAUGGGUGCUAGAAGAAAUGGAGAAGGAUCCAGAUUUAGCAUAUUCAGACAGGUUUGGGAGACGGAGCUUGGAAUACAUUUCCUUGGGAUGUGAUGUUCUGCCUAUUUUGCAUGGACGAUCACCAGUUCAAGCAUAUACUGAUUUUAUGAAGGACUUUAAAGAAAUCUUCAAGGCAUUCCUGGGAACCACCAUAACUGGGAUUCAAGUUGGAAUGGGUCCUGGAGGUGAGUUAAGAUAUCCUGCAUGCCCUCCACAAAAGCUAACAAGCGCAUGGCGCUCGCGUGAACUUGGUGAAUUCCAAUGUUAUGAUAGGUAUAUGCUGGCAUCUCAGAAUGCUUGUGCUGGAGAAGUAGGUAUGCGUGAAUGGGCAAAUGGUGGCCCUAUUGGUGCUAGCAGUUUGAUGCACGACCCAGAAAGCACAGAAUUUUUCAGAAGUGAUGGUUCUUGGAACACAGCAUAUGGAGAUUUCUUCCUACAAUGGUACUCGGGGAUGCUGUUGCUUCAUGGGGAAAGGAUUUGCAAGGAAGCAGAGAGCAUUUUUAGGGGUUUUGAAGUGGAUUUGAGUGGUAAAGUGGCGGGGAUCCAUUGGCACUAUGGUACUCCAUCUCACCCAUCAGAACUAACAGCUGGUUAUUACAAUACUUCAAUUAGAGAUGGGUAUUUACCAAUUGCUCGCAUGUUCGGUAGAUAUAGAUUCACCAUAUGUUGUCCAUGUUUCGAGAUGAAAGAUGCAUAUGAGCAAAAGAUAAAUCCAGUGAGCAGUCCCGAAGGUUUACUUAGACAACUUUUACUUGCUGCAAGAUUCUGUGAUCUUCCCCUGGUGGGUGAAAAUUCGGCCACCAGUUUGGAUGACCAAUCAUUCCAACAGGUGUUAAAGAUGUCAAAAUUCUACUCAGAUGGUGUUCCAUUCGAACAUGUGUUAAAUAUGUCAAGAUUAUACUCAGAUGGUCUGGAAACACCGUACUUUACAUUCAACUUUGUGAGGAUGGACAAGCACUUUUUUGAUACUCGGAAUAUUGCAAGUUUUACCCGGUUUGUGAGACAGACGUCAGUGUCGGUCCAGGUUGGGUGGUGA